AUGGACGAAAUCGCCACUGUUGGUUUUCAAAUAAUUGCGCUAGUGAGAGAUAAACCGGAAGGCAUUACCAACGAUGACCUUUCGGAAGCGCUGCAAUCCGUUGCGGUGGAAGAACGGUUGCAGGCAGUAAACAAGCUGCUCGUGGAUGGUGUGCUGGAGAUACUGAAGCGAGGCAACACGCUGGUCUACCGCCUGAAGGAUCCGGGCAAGAAGUCGAACGCUCCGAAGGACAUCGACAAUGAGGAACGGGUCAUUUACAAUAUCGUGGAAGAGGGUGGCAACAAGGGCAUCUGGAUACGGGAUAUUCGCGUGAAAUCGAACUUGGUCAUGACGCAGCUGACGAAGGUGCUGAAACAGUUGGAGAACAAAAAGUUGAUAAAAGCGGUGAAAUCUGUUAAUGCAAGCAAAAAGAAAGUGUACAUGCUAUACAACCUGGAACCGGAUCGAUCCAUCACCGGCGGUGCCUGGUAUCAGGAUCAGGACUUUGAGGCCGAGUUCGUCGAUGUGCUCAACCAACAGUGUCUUCGGUUUCUGCGCAUGAAGCGCGAUUCAGCGCGUACGUCUACCGAUGGCCCACUAGCGGUGCAGAAGCUCUCGGAGUGUUCCGUGGCGGACGUUCACCGGUUUAUCUCCGAUCUCGGCAUUAGCAAGAUAAGUCUCGACGAGGACGACCUUGAAACAAUUCUCAAGACGGUGGUGUACGACGGGAAAGCCGAGCGGAUUGCACAGGUCGAUGGAAAGUUUCUCUACCGUGCGAUCGAGGCGCCGCUUGAACCGCCCGGUUUGGUGCAGAUACCGUGCGGUAUCUGUCCGGUGAUAAAAAAUUGCUCCGACUGCGGAGAAGUUACACCCAAGCUUUGCACGUACAUCAGUGAAUGGUUGGACUGAGACAGAGCACCGGAGCUGGGCAGGCAACGUGCU